AGGAAAAGCACAGUAAAGGACGGGAAAGGAUGAAGAUCCCAAAAUGGCGACGGACAUGAAACCGAUUUCUUAAAUGCAGUUAAAUCUGUAUUGAAGUCCGAGCUGCCUGUCACCCACCGUCUUCCCCUGUUUCCUCCUCCUCUAUUGUUGCCACCGCGAGAGAUCGUCGUGAAGGGCGGAGGAUCGACACGUUAACAUAUCUUCGGUGACGCGACACGAGCUGCGGUCUGGUGCUCCGCCGGAGAGGGAGCCGCUGCUCUAUGGACUGAGGGGCGGAGUCGGGUCGCCCGUUUGGGAGGAGGUCGACGAGAUGGCGGUAGAGAACGGAAGGGCGGGGGGGACGGCGGAGGGAAAAGGGUGGGGGCUGUGCCGGCUUCCCUUCUGGGGCGGCGGAGGCGUCGGCAGCAGCGGAGGGGGGUCGUCGUCGACGAACUCGUCGGCGUCGCUGACGCAGCACAGCCACCGGAGCUCGAGUAGGAGCCAGGUGGGGCAGGCGGGGCAGCCGGAGGCGGCGGGACCAGACGCCGGCCACCGUCACGCCGGUGGGAGCACGGUGAAGGCUGUGGCACGGUCGCUGCUGCCAACCCGGCGCCGCCUCCGGCUCGAUCCGCCCACCAAGCUCUACUUCCCACAUGAACCUGGUAAACAGGUUAGAAGUGCAGUCAGGAUAAAGAAUACGAGCAAAUCUCAUGUAGCAUUUAAGUUUCAAACAACUGCACCAAAGAGCUGUUUCAUGCGUCCUCCUGGUGGUAUACUUUCUCCUGGGGAGAGUAUCAUAGCAACUGUCUUCAAGUUUGUGGAGCAUCCAGAGAACAAUGAAAAGCUGAUGGAUCAAAAGAGCAAGGUUAAGUUUAAGAUUGUGAGUUUGAAGGUGAAAGGACCUAUGGAAUAUGUACCAGAACUGUUUGAUGAGCAGAAAGAUCAAGUUGCAGUGGAGCAAAUUCUGCGGGUUGUAUUCUUGGAUGUGGCACGUCCCAGUCCUCAAAUGGAAAAACUGAAGCGUCAGCUUGCUGAGGCUGAGGCAGCACUUGAGGCCCGCAAGAAACCUCCAGAAGAUGCGGGUCCUCGGAUUGUUGGUGAAGGGCUUGUCAUAGAUGAAUGGAAAGAACGAAGGGAAAAGUACCUUGCUCGGCAGCAGGUUCAAGGGGUUGAUUCAGUGUAAAGUGCGGCUUGCUAUUAUUGUAACUUUGUAAUCCUUUAUUUUGGUUGAAUCAAAUAAUUUAGUCAUGCAUUGUGGAAAAAGAAUCUGCCAUCAUCCUUCACCCCUUCAUUUUCAGGCUUGUCAGGGUGACUGUUUAAAGGUUCAUUGGUGACAAUAACAGGCUUACAUGUCACGAACCUUUUGAGACAUGUUGUGCUUGACUUAGGCUUAUGUCCUAUUUGUAGAUAUGGCUUUUUACUCUCUAAGAAAUAAAAGCAUUUUCUGUGGGAGGAACCAGCACCAUGCACCCUCUUCUCUUUGUUAUUUGAGUUUAUGUAUUAUGUUCCUCGCUCAACUUGUUUUAGUUGAUAGGAAUAUCUCUGUUGGAGGCCUUGUAAUGAUUAUGGACACAUGUAAAUGUAAUAGUGUUUCCCAUCA